GAGAAGAGUAGUAAUGGUGUCAAAAAGGGGUGUUUAUAUUUUUUGAUAAACAUAAAAUAGGGUUUAAUAAAUAUAUAAUGGAUCAUUCACCCCCUAUUAAACCUCCCAGGGGAGUAAAACCCGGAAAAGAAACGAGUGGGCUUCUUAUGUCUGUAAUCCGUACAUUAUCUGCAAGUGAAACUAACGAACAAAGAGAUAGAGAAAAAGCAAAAUUAGAAAAUGAUUAUAAACUAUGUGACCAGAAGUUGGACGAACUUGUUUCCAAACAUGAAAAUGAUCUAACCAAGGUAAUGCAGUUGUUUGGGUCUAUAUCACAGAUUGUAACCACAAACAGAGAAAAAAUAAGAAGGGUUCAAGAAAACCUUCAAGAUUGUAAAAGAAAGUUAGGCUGCAGAAGAGAUGAACUUAAAAAUUUGUGGUUGGAAGGACUCGAGUACAAACAUAUGCUGCAGUUAAUUGAAGAAGUUCAAAAAAUGAAUGAAGUACCAAACAGACUCUCAGCAUAUAUGGCUAGGAAACAGUACUUACAUGCUACUAACCUACUAGUAGAAGCAGUUAAUCUUGGAAAAGGAACCUUGGAAGGCGUGGAAAGUUUGAAAGAACUUGGACAAGAGUUGGAACAGAAAAAAGAGCAAUUGCAUCUUCAGCUGCUCUCAGAGCUAAAACAGCACCUUUAUGUCAAACCUGCCCAACAUAUUCUAGCUUUAAGAAGGCAAAAUUCAGCUCAGGAUGGAUUUUUCUCAAAUUCACCUUUGCAAAGAAGCAUAGAACUUAGAAGAUCUGGUAGAAAGAAGUCUUCAAUAUCAAAAAAUUUGUUCAAUAAUGAUACUUCUAGCAAUGAAAAGAAGUCUAUAUUCGGCGAAGAUUUCCAUGUUGAAGAAAAAUUAGAAGUAGUAAACCCAGAAGAAAAUCGUAGUAAUUUUAUUGCCAUACUCGUUAAAAGUCUGUGUUUACUAGAUAAGUUGCCAUAUGCUGUUAAGGAAGUAAUGCAAGAAAUGCUGCUCUCUCUAACACAAAUUGUCGAAAGAACAACUAACAAUAUUAAAAACUUAGUAGAUGUAGGUGACCAAAGACUAAUUUUAAAAGAACUGGUACAAAUUUUGUUUGAGCAAUACAAAGAAGUAGCCGAUUCGCAUUAUGUAUUCAUGACUUGCGUAGAACAGGCCAAGAAGGCACACAAACUGGAAAUCAAUUGUUAUGACACUGUGUAUUUCUGGUCGCAGGUUCAAGUUGUGAUGCAGUCAUUUGUGUCGGACUAUUUAGACAUCCAGUAUAUGUCAAGUGAUAUGCAACUUAGUGAUAUGAAUAAUGUUAACGAUAUAUCUUCAUAUUUUUCAAGAAGAAAACAGGCAACGAAGAAAAAUGUACUUUUCAAAUUCGAAGGCUCAUCCAGUGCUCUAAGUUUAAGUAGUACAUUGAAACAAGUCCAGAAGAGCAAGGUUUUUGUAUGCCCCCCUCAUCCAAAUAAUAUUUUAGUACUGUUCAUUCCAUUCAUGUGUUUUUUAGAUGAACUAGAUCAAUCCCUAAACAUCAAAAAGCAAGGGGAACCAAAUUUGUAUACAUUUUUGACUGAGUAUGUAUCCAAUGUGUAUCUUAAACGAAAAUCUGAUGAAAUAUUAGAUCAAAUAGAGACUUGCAUUCGAAAGUCAGAUGCUUGGAAGGCUACCAUUCUCUUAGAUCUCACAUCAGAUUACAAGCCUUUAUUAGUGAGUACUGUAACAGUGGAAAGAUGUAUCAGAGAAUGGAAAGCAGUAUUAAAAGCCCUACCUUUGUACAGCGAGAUGGUGGCGGGCUAUUCAUCGAAGGCCUUAAAAGAAUAUAAAGAAACCUGUGAUAUGGCAUAUAGAAGAAUAGUGCAGCCUCAGUCUGAAGAUAGCAGAAAGAUUUGUAGUGCAGCGUGGCUCAAGGAUGAUGAUAUUAGUCGAUUUUUGAAAUCCUUACCCAACUGGCUAAAUCUAAAAGCUCAGCAAGAAUACCGUGCUCGCGGAGAAAGAAACAAAAAACUAUUAAAGAGAGAGCACCCUUCGGAAGAAGAAAGCCCCGAAGAUGUUCGAAUGAGGAACAGACGAGAAGCUGAAAUGUUGGCCAGUAAUUUGGGAGAGGGAGGAGUUUCAGCAGGGGAGUUUCUUUCGGAUAUGAAUUUGUUGAAAGAACUAGCUCAGCUACAGGAGAGUAUGGAAUGGUUUUCUGUCCGAAUGUUCCAAUACACCAGUGAGUUUAGACAAGAACCUUCGGGUCUUUCGCCACCCCAACAGGACAAUAAUCACUUGGACCGCCCAUCGCCUGUUUCAGCUUCCAUUUUGCAACAGUUGACAAGUAUAGCUCAGGAAUUCGACGAGCUAGCCAACACGUGCCUUUUGCUGCUCCAUUUAGAGGUCCGGGUGCAAUGUUUUUAUUAUUUAUUAGCACAAACUCAUUACAACAAAGAAACCCAUGAGCCGGAUCCGAAGGUUUUGGAGUUAAGUAGGGUUUUGGCCAAUGUAGACGAAGCUAUGGCUAAUAGUCUACAUCCCAGAAAGUGCAAGUACAUUUUCGAAGGUCUGGGACAUCUGAUAGCAAAAAUACUCAUUAGUUCUGCGCAGUAUAUGAAUGUCAUAGAUGAAGCUGGUAUCCAAAGGAUGUGCCGAAACAUUUUUACUUUGCAACAGACGCUUACUAACAUAACGAUGACUAGAGAAGUAGCACUAGACCAUGCAAGACAUUAUUUUGAGCUGUUCUUUUUGACACCAGAGGAAAUUCUCAACGGCAUUGUAGAUAAGGGACCUGAAUUUUCUGAAUUAGAGUACAUGAACGCCUUUCAGUUAUUAAAUCGAAGCAACAAAGAACUGGGGUCAGUAUCUGUCCAUCUGGAAAGACUAUCAGAUAUCUUAGGAGAAGUUGGAGUGACAGUUUGAUAGCAAGCUACAUUCGUACUAGACGUUUAUAUAUUUAUUUAAUUUUUAUUUAUAAUUUUGAAAUAAUAUAUAACAUGUUAAGUUGUU